CGUCACGUAAUCUGUCUGCGACUAUAACUGUCACUAGUCGGUUAAAACAUGGCGCCUUCCCCAACAAAGAGGAAGGAGGAUGACAAGAGUAAACAGCGAGGUAAGGAGAAGUCAGGAGCCACGAAAGAAGGGGCUGAAAAAGACCGGGGCCGAGAGAAGAACCGUACACGGCGUAGUGCUUCCAGUGGAAGCAGCAGGUCCAGCUCCAGCUCCAGCAGCAGCUCAGGAUCCAGCUCCGGCUCAUCCAGCGGCUCCAGCUCCUCUAGCCACUCAGGCUCGUCCAGCUCCCGCUCAUCUUCUUCCUCCUCCUCAUCCUCCUCGCCAAGCCCCAGCCGCCAGCGCCACAACAACAGACGACGCUCACGCUCAAAGUCGAAAUCAGCAAAGAAGGAUGACAGGGACAGACGGCGUAGGAGCCCCACACCCAAACCCACCAAGGUCUACCUGGGGCGGCUGACCAGAAACGUGAUUAAGGAUCACAUUCAGGAGAUUUUCUCCACCUAUGGCAAGAUCAAGAUGAUUGACAUGCCCAUGAACCGCAUCCACCCUCACCUGUCCAAAGGUUACGCAUACGUGGAGUUUGAGACACCCGAGGAGGCAGAGAAGGCCCUGAAACACAUGGACGGAGGUCAAAUUGACGGUCAGGAGAUCACAGUCACAGCUGUGUUGACUCCCACAGUGCGUCCUCCCCCUCGCAGGAUGUCCCCUCCUCGCAGGAUGCCUCCUCCACCACCAAUGUGGCGACGCACUCCACCUCGAAUGAGGAGAAGGUCUCGAUCUCCACGGCGACGCUCUCCAGUACGACGCAGGUCUCGAUCCCCUGGACGCCGUCGUCACCGGUCACGCUCCAGUUCUAACUCCUCCCGCUAGUGACGAGGAAAACCCCUCCUCCUCUUCCUACUUCCCCCUGGAUCUGUUCCUCUGCUGUGAAAUAUAAAAAUAUGUACUAAGUUUUUAUGGUUGAGUGAUGAGAGCAUGGACAUCAAAGUCAUUACUGUGGCAUUACUGUAAAUUACCAAAAAUCUACUUUUGCUUCUCUCUACUGUUUCUUGUUACCCGUGGGCUGAUAUCUAGACCCAUAUAUCGGCAAAGCUAAUAUCAGCCUAUAUGUUCCAUGUUGCUCUAGCUCUACUUGCAGGUAUAUGACCAGUACAGGUGACGAUUAAAAUAUAUAUAUUUCUGCUGUAAGUGUUAAAAUGUCCUGCUUUGAUAUAACUUGUUUGCACCAGUUGAGUUAGACCCACCACUGAAUCCUGUGCUGUAAACACACAGGUAUGGAGUUAUUUCAUUUAAAAAAAAAAAAGUGUUUCUCCAAAAGCCAUGUAAUAAACCCUGAAGACAGCAGCCACAUGGCAUUUCUGUUUGUUUCAUAUACUACUUGAGGAAAGUUAUAGUCUUCUAAAGCGUAAAAACUCAAAAUGAAUGGAACAUGGACGAAUUGAAAGCCUAAAUGUUUUAUUUUCACCUAGCAUCAUAUGUUGAAUCCGUGUUAGCAUGGAGCAAAUCACCUCCUGGGAAUUCAGGGUUGAUCCUUGUCUCUUUGCUCUCAUCACUGAACCAGUAUGUUAACUUUAAAACAGUCUUUAUAUAAUACGUCAGUCAGUGUUCUCUGAAAUUCCUCUGACACGGCCAAGAUGUUCAAUUUUAGUGCUGUACAGUGUCAUUUUAAUAAAUUUCAGAUUUUAAAUUGUAAUACUUGUCAUACUUCUAGCAAACAUU